AUGUCACUUCAUCCCAGAGAAUGCACACUGGCCAGAGAAGAUGGUGAAAACUAUGGAUUCUGCCUACGCAUUGAGAAAUUCAAAACAGGGCAUCUUAUCCGAAAUGUAGAAAAGGAUAGUCCAGCUGAGAAGGCAGGACUAAAAGAUGGAGACAGAAUCCUGAAGAUUAAUGGAGUGUUUAUAGAUAAGGAAGAUCAUGGAGAGGUGGCUGAUUUAAUUAGAAAAAGUGUCACUCGUGUAUUAUUCCUUAUUUUGGAUGACCAUUCUUAUGAAAGUGCAUUAAAAGAAGGAAUCAGUCUUGAAGAGUUGGCUGAAAAGUCACCAAACCAAGAACAGACAGAAGAUCUCCAACUUGUGCAAUCUGAAGAAUCGGGUACAGCUCCACAACCCCAUCUCUGUUAUCUAAUUAAGGAAAAAAAUAGCUAUGGUUUCUCUUUGAAGUCUUCUACAGGACAGAAAGGUUUGUUCAUUGUAGAUUUGACCCCACAGGGUCCAGCUGUGAAAGCUGGAGUGCAGCCAAAUGAUCGCCUUAUAGAAAUCAACGGAGAGAAUAUGGAGAACAAUACACACGAAGAAGUAGUUGAGAAGGUGAAAAAGUCUGGGAAUCAGGUUGUGUUUCUACUGUCAGAUAAAGAAACUGACCAGUAUUACUACAGGCGGAAUAUGGAAUUGACAAGGGGAAAGGCCAGUCUGAAAUUAUUACCUCACAAACCCCGAAAUAUUGAGCUCAAAAAGGGGAAUACUGGUUAUGGAUUUUACCUGAGAAUGGAGCAAAAUGGCAAAGGCCACUUGAUUAAGGAUAUUGAUUCAGACAGCCCUGCAGCUAAAGCAGGUCUCAGGGACAAUGAUGUCUUGGUCGCUGUAAAUGGAGAGCCAAUUGAAGCACUGGACCAUGAAGCUGUGGUAGAGAAAAUCAGACAAUCUGGUGAAAACACAACACUACUAGUGGUGGAUAAAGAGACUGACACCAUGUAUAAAAUGGCUAAAAUAUCUCCUUGUCUCUACUGCCAUACAAUACUGGAGCCACAUCUGAGCGUUGCAAAGGUACCCAUGCAUGCUGAGGAAGAAAAUCACAAGCCCAGGCUCUGUAAACUCAUAAAAGGUCUCACCGGAUUCGGCUUUCGAUUGAAUGCCAUUAACAAUAUACCUGGAGUGUUCAUCAAAGAGGUAAAAAAGGAUGGGCCUGCCGAUAUAGCAGGGCUGCAAGAUGAUGACAUCGUGAUAGAAGUGAAUGGUACCAAUGUAGAGAAUGAAGAGUAUGAAGACGUGGUAGCAAGAAUCCAAGAGAGUGGUAACAGUCUGACACUAUCGGUGUGUGACAAAAAGGCUUAUCAGCACUUCUGCUCCCAAAAGAAGGCUGUUACAGCCUCCAUGGCUGACCCAUUAAGUGACAGCCAUGAUGAGCCUCCUGCCUAUGCAGAGAUACAAGCAACAGAGCCAGAAAAUGCGCUGCCAGGACCACGAAAAAGGGCCAGCUCAUCCUCCUCUGAAGAAGAUACUGACCUGUGA